AUGGCAAACAACGUUUACUUGUCAACUAUUUUGGUCUUCAUCAUCAUCGUUAGUGUGAAAUCAGACACUGGCACAACGAACACAACUCUACAGCCUGAGCAGCCCGGUGGGCGCAUUGUAGGUGGUUACGAUGCUGACAUAUAUCAGUUUCCAUAUCAAGUUUCGGUGCAAUUGGAAAGACUACAUCGUUGUGGCGGUGCCGUAUAUACCUCAACUAUCAUCGUCAGUGCGGCCCAUUGUGUUGAGCUGGCGGACAUGCCGGAACUGUAUGCUGUACGAGCUGGUUCGACGGAGCAUGGGAGUGGCGGUGUAUAUAUGCCAGUGCGCCGCAUCCUUAGACACGCCCAAUUUCAACCACAGUAUCAGAUCAGCCACGAUAUAGCUUUGUUGGCUUUAGCUUUUCCGUUGCCAUUUGGCAUCAGUAUACAACCUAUACCGCUUGCAACGAGAGCGGAUAUGACAAACUUGAUGAGUACCAUAUGGUUCGUUAGCGGGUGGGGUGCAACUUCGGAGGGAUCGCAAGUAAGAGCGGAACGCUUGCGUUAUGUCGCCGUUAAAUACUUCGAUCAGAGUUACUGCAAGGCGACUUUAGCUUCAGCAGUUUCCAUAGCAGAGGGAAUGUUGUGUGCAGGUGUGCCGGGUGGUGGACGUGAUAGCUGCCAGGGCGAUUCCGGUGGACCAUUGGUGGGCUACUGGCGUGGACGUCUGAUAUUAGUAGGAAUCGUUUCGUUUGGCGUCGGCUGUGGAAGAGCAAACUACCCUGGCAUCUAUACGCGCGUAGCAGAGUAUAAAGACUGGAUCGAGCUGGCGUCGAAGACAAUUUGA